CCCCCGGCCAAUCAGCGCGUGGCGCGGGCGAGGCUUUGGCCAGUGUCUGUGAGCUGUUGGCUGGGCUACCUGGGUGUGACAAACACAGGCUCCGGGCCCCUGCCCCGCCUCCAGUCCGGAGGCAUGGAGCCCGGGACGGUGAGCUGGGGCGGGGGGUAGAAGAGGAGGAGGAGACAGGGAGACCCCAGGGACCAGAGCCGCCAGGAAGAGGCAGGGAGACUCGAAGGCUGGAGGGGUUGGGGAGAAGACUGGCGAUUUGGGACAAUCAACAAGGUCUUAGAGCCCUGAGAGGACAGAGUCAGAAGAGGGUGUGAGGGCCGGUGGUGCUAGUGAUGGGACAAUGGUGGUUGGUGUGAAACGGAAACACCCAGAUGAUCAUGGAGAUCCAGCAGAGAUGGACAUUGGCAAGGAGCCACAAGAGCAGACCCCCUCCUCCCAGGCCAUCCUGUGUCCGGCUCUACUUCGACUUUCACUGGACAAAUUCCAGCUAGGCCCCCCCAACCUCCUUCGGCAAGUGCUUAUCACAAACACCUUGUACCACUUCAGGGAAGAGAUGAACCUGGAAAGGGGCCCAGCCCAACUCCAGGGCCCCAGAGAGGAGCUGCUUUUCCCUUUACCUGCCCAGCCAGUGAACAACUUCUUCAAAGAAUUGGAGGUGCUCCGGGGCUUAAGAGCCACCCAAGAUGAUGGUGAACCCCUAGAUCUGAGUUGUAGACCUUUCUCUGCCCCUGACCGGUUGAGUGACUGCAAGCAAAUACCUUCCCCUCUCUGGGCCUCAAUUUCCCCAAUUGUCAGAGUUGAGGAGCCUACCCUGGGCAACUUUGAGACUGUGAGUGACAGGUACUUUGAAGACCUGGUUCCUGAUAACUUCUUCCCUAACAUUGAUACCUCAGAUGUGGAAAUGGAACCUUGUUCUUCAGUUUUUGCCAUUGCUUCCUCCUCUGGGGCAACCUGCACCCCAGGGCAGUCUGAGGUUGGAUGGGACUGGACUGAACUGGACCAAAUCUUGGAAAUCAUCAAGGGGUCAUAAGUCUGGGAGGCAGGACCCAAAUCCCCAAGCUCGGACCCUGAACCCUUCCCUUCAGAUAUUCCAUUAUCUCUGGAGAGCUCCAAGAAAAAGAUUUUGUAUCUCAGGAACCCGGGUUGAAGCUUCCUAGUGACAUGGGAAAGCCUCAUCUCUUCGGUACUUCAGCUCUGGUGUCAGUGCCUGCUGAUGGCAGAACAACUGAAUAUAUUUCUCUUUCCUAAUGA